AUGGAUUCAACAGCCAAAGCGACAUUGGAAGGACGCAAUGAGACGAGGCGAUUUCCUUUUGAGGAGGAUAUUACCUUGGACAAGUUACGAGACAAGAUCAAAACGUUGUUCAAGCUGCAGAGUGACAACUUUGAUAUACUCUACUACGAUCCUGAGGAUGCAAGUUCGGUGACGAUGAGUGGCGUCUUGGAUUUACGCAUAGUAAAGUUACGACGUAUUCGAAGAUUCCGAGUCAAGGUGCAUGAAGAUGCACAGCCUUCGCCAGCAGUGAAGAACGCUCUUGAAAGGUUUGAAUUCGAGUUGACAAGGUUACAAAUGGAAGCUCGGCAGAGAGCCAUGGACGACGUUGCCAAGAAGGCUGCGGCAAGCUAUCACGAGGCGUUGGCGCCUCUUGUGCAACCAUCAUCUUCCGCCCGUUUAUGCAGCCACUGCAACAAGAGUGUCCCACAGGAUAUGCAACUUUACAGUUGUUCAACUUGCAAAGGAAUCAAUCUAUGCGAAGGAUGCAAAUCGUCAAUCAGCCAUGAGCACAAUCUAUCAUCAACAACAAACAACAACAACAACACUGUUCCUCCCGUGUAUGCUUGCGACUAUUGUGAAGCUCGUAUUGCUGGUACCAGACAUUCUUGUACCAUCUGCAAAGACUUUGAUCUCUGUCAUCUAUGCUACAAGCUUGGUGAACACGGCCACCAUCCAAAGCACCCCUUUAUUACACACCAGUCGCCUAGCCCUAAGCAGGAACAAGAUCAACGUGGAUCAUCAUCAUCAUCAUCAUCGUCUUCUUCUCCCAAGCGACAUCUUGGUAUCAUUUGCGAUCGCUGCGACAAGAGCAUUGUGGGUAUUCGUUACAAGUGUGGUCAUUGUACCGAUUAUGAUCUAUGUGAGAUGUGUGAAACAAUGGCACCUGAUAUCCACGAUCCAUCACACCUUUUUAUCAAGAUCCGCAAUCCUGUGACCCUUGGCACGGAUGUUCCUUUGUUAUCCGCCAAAUCCACCAACAACAAUGUAUUUCGAUCCAAAUGCAAUUCACAGAGCUCGACACCUCGAUAUUCAGAUUAUUCCCCAAUCCAGCUCAACCGCUUUGGAAGUAUCAGCCUUGCAAGUCUUCAAAGCGUCACCAGCUCCACCACAAGCAAGAGAUCAAAUGUAUUGGCCAAACCUGAAGCUCCUUCGAGCCCCAAGCUUUCUUUGUCAGCCAAGUUUGUCAACGACAUGAAUAUCCCCGAUGGCACCUCAAUGGAAGCAGGUCGAGUAGUACGAAAGAUGUGGAAAAUGUUGAAUGAUGGUUGUGAUGUGUGGCCAAAUGGUACAAUCCUGCAACCUGUUUCCAGCAAUGACAUUGAAAUGUUACGAGCCACCAACCAAGCUUUGCCAGCCACCAAACCUGGUUCCUUUGUUACCAUCUCCACAAUGAUCACAAUUCCACGACAACCAGGGCACUACCGCACUGAAUUCAAGCUACGUAGUCCAAAUGGCCAAUUGUUUGGUGAUGACUUGUGGGUGGAUAUCAUCUCUGUGCCUGAAAACAACAGCAACAACAAUAGUAUGGUCUAUCCCACCAUCAGCACAGCUUCUUCUUCCGCCUCCUCCUCUUCGAAUAACCAACAACGUCCAUCCGCUGUUGAUAUUACAUCUGUCAUCCGCCAUGAUGAGUUAUUGGAUCCGUCAGAUGAAAACGACGAUGAUGACGAUGACCCAUUCAUGGAUCCUUCAAUCACCAGCUAUACACCUUCUCGUCGAUUAAGCAGCAGCAGCCUUGAAACAUCCUCUGAGGAAGAGGAAGAGAUCCAUGGCAACAAUGAUGAUGAGCCUCAUCAAGGACAUCACACAUCAUCACGUGCAAGCUCUGAAGAAUUUGUGGUUAUCGACAACAACAAUGACCAGACUACACAAAAUCCCCAUGAGAAAACACCUCCCAAGGUUGCCACGCCAACGGCUUCGUUUCAUCGGCAACCACCAUCAUCAACAACAACAAAUACCAGCCCAGCAACUUCAACUCCCAACGCACAGCGCAAUGUAGCUAUUAACAACCCUGUGCCAGGUCUCUUUGAUCAGCAAAUGAGACAAAUCCAUGAAAUGGGCCUUACUUUUUGUGAUGAACUUGCUAUUCGAUUGUUGACUGAGUACAAUGGCAAUGUUGAUCGUGCUGUACCUGAAAUCCUCGAAAGAUUGUAUCCUGAGUAA